UCCCAUUGGCUGCCGCGUUCCCUCUGUUUUCCCAUCGCUGCCAUCAGAUGCGUUUUCAAGUUUGCCGUGCUCCACACAUGUGCGUGCACGCGUAACUAUACCCACCGGAGUCCAGGCCAGCGCAUGUUGGCUGGAAUACGAGAACCUCGGCGCGUACGCACUGUCAGACGGAGCCGGAGCCAGCGGCCGCGGCCACGCAGUGCAGAGGAAGCCUGGGAGACUGCUGGUGCCCACGUGCCCCGGCAUCCUCACGUUCAUCAUGGCUCUGGUCCUGAGCCUCCUCAUGCUGGGCCUGUGUGCCCUCGGACAGGAGCAGCCGUCGGGCCCUCACGGCUGCACGGAGGGAAGCUGCUACCCCGCCACCGGGAACCUUCUGAUCGGACGGGCCGGCAACCUGUCUGCCAGCUCCACGUGUGGCCUGCACGGGCCGGAGAACUACUGCAUCGUGAGCCAUCUGCAGGAGUCUGACAAGUGCUUUGAGUGCAACUCCCGCCACCCCUACGACGCGGCUCGCCACAGGAACAGCCACCGCAUAGAGAACGUGAUCUACCUCAUGGACAGCUACGGCUUCAACACGUGGUGGCAGUCUGUCAAUGGACAUGAGAACGUCAGCAUCCGACUGGACCUGGAGGCAGAAUUCCACUUCACGCAUCUCAUCAUGAAAUUCAAGACUUUCCGACCUGCGGCCAUGAUCAUCGAGCGCUCUGCAGAUUUCGGCCGCACGUGGCGCCCCUACCGCUACUUUGCUUCCAACUGCACCAAGACCUUUCCCCGCAUCCCCGCCAACGGCCUUCACAACAUCAACGACAUCAUCUGUGAGGAGCGCUACUCUGACAUCGAGCCGUCCACAAACGGAGAGGUGAUUUAUAAAGUUUUGGAUCCCGCUAUUCCUGUGAAAGACCCCUACAGCUUAGACGUUCAAGAACUUCUGCGCAUCACCAACCUGCGCAUAAACUUCACUAAGCUGAACACUCUGGGUGACGACCUGCUGGACCGACGCUCUGACGUCCUGCAGAAGUAUUACUACGCCAUCUACGAGCUGGUGGUCAGAGGGAGCUGCUUCUGCUACGGACACGCCUCAGAGUGUUCCCCGGUCCCGGGGGUGAGAACCCAAGAGAGCAGCAUGAUCCACGGACGCUGCGUGUGCAAACAUAACACAGAGGGCCUGAACUGUGAACGCUGCCGAGACUUCCACCACGACCUGCCUUGGCGGCCGGCGGAGGUCGAGAACCCUCACACCUGCAGAGUGUGUAACUGUAACGACCACUCCAAGCGGUGCCACUUCGACAUGGCCGUGUAUUUGGCCACAGGCAACGUCAGUGGAGGAGUGUGUGACAACUGUCAGCACAACACAAUGGGACGCAACUGUGAAAUGUGUAAACCUUUCUACUACCAGGACCCCAACAGGGGCAUCCGGGACCCGGGGGCCUGCAUUGCCUGUGACUGUGACCCGGUGGGAUCUCUGGAGGGGGGCGUGUGUGACAGUCACACUGACUUAGACAUGGGGAUGAUUGCUGGGCAGUGUCGCUGCAAAGCCAACGUCCGAGGGAUGCGCUGCGAUGACUGCAAGCAGGGUUACUACGGCCUGAGCCAAAACGACCCGCUGGGCUGCCAGCCUUGCAACUGCGACCCCCGUGGCAUCAUUCAAAUGGCGGCUCCCUGUGACCAGAUCAGCGGCGACUGCUCCUGCAAAAGAUACGUGACGGGUCGCUACUGCAACCAAUGUCUGCCAGAAUACUGGGGCCUCAGUAACGACCUGGCUGGCUGCAGACCCUGUGACUGUGACUUUGGUGGAGCCUUUAACAGCAGGUGCAUGAUGGAAAACGGCCAGUGUGACUGCAGGAGGCAUCUAAUUGGUCGACAGUGUUCAGAGGUGCAACCUGGGUACUUCUGUGCUCCGCUGGACUACUACAAGUACGAGGCUGAAAAUGCCAGCGGACGCCCCCCCACUGACCCCAACCUGCCGGGAAAAGUUCGACCAAACGCAGACACCGAGUGCGUUCAGCACCUCAGCAACCAGCUGAGGAGAAACCGGCGUCACCGUCAGGCCAACUCCCAGCAGCUCCACGCUGCACUGACACGCAUCCGCCAGCUUCGGCAGACCCCGGAUGUGAGCAUUGUUCACAGAGAGCACGCUCUCAGCCACAUGGUCACGUGGACGGGACCCGGCUUCGCCCGUGUCAAAGAUGGAGCCGGCCUGGUGUUCACUGUCGACAGCAUCCCCUACGCCAUGGACUAUGACAUCAUGAUCCGCUAUGAGCCGGAGUCUACAGAGGACUGGGAGGCCGUAGUGAGCAUUACCUCCGUGAACCUGCCCUCCAGCCUCCGGUGUGGAAACCUCCUGCCGACUGAACAGCUGUACACUGUCACCCUGCCGCACCACAACAGAUACGUCCAGAUGCCAAGGCCGUUCUGUUUCGAGCCCAGUAACCGUUACGUGGUUGCCAUCAGGUUCCAGCGCCAUGGGGUCUCACAUCGACACCUCACUGCCUUCAUUCUAAUCGACUCGCUGGUUCUCAUCCCCAAAUACACCGAGCUUCCAGGUUUCCAAGGCAAUGAGCCGGAGGCAGAGCACCGACGGGAGGAGAUGAAUCAUUACAUGUGUCUAGAUUCCUUUAUGAUCACGCCGACGCCGGCCCUGGCUGAGAUGUGCUCCAAACUCAUCUGCAGCAUUUCAUCCAUAAUUCAUGAUGGCGCUCUGGCCUGUCAGUGUGACCCUCAGGGUUCGCUCAGUGGCGAGUGUGAUAAAGUUGGAGGUCAGUGUCGGUGCAAAACAAACGUGAUGGGCCGACGCUGUGACCAGUGCGCACCAGGGACCUACGGCUUUGGCGGGACUGGCUGUACUGCCUGCGACUGCCACCCGGAGGGCUCCUUUAGCCACGAGUGCGACCCAGUUACAGGCCAGUGCCACUGCAGGCAAGGAGCCAGUGGGCGUCAGUGCUCCGACUGCCAACCGGGGCAGUGGGGAUUCCCCAGCUGCAGCCCCUGUCAGUGCAACGGCCACGCGGACGUCUGCGACCCCCGCACGGGGGAGUGUAGAGACUGCAGGGACUUCACGACAGGACACCUCUGUGAACGUUGUGCGGACGGGUUCUUCGGAAACCCAGUGCUUGGCUCCGGGGAGCACUGCCGGCCCUGCCCCUGCCCAGGCAACCCGGGCUCCGGUCAUUUUAACGGCCACUCAUGCCACGCAGACCACACCUCCAACCAGAUCAUCUGCAACUGCAAACAGGGCUACGCCGGAUCUCGCUGUGACUUGUGUGCACCUGGUUACUAUGGUAACCCAGGCCAAGCAGGUGGACAGUGUCUGCCUUGCGAGUGCAACGGCAACAUCGACACCCAGGACCCGGAGUCGUGUGACCCCAGGACCGGGCAGUGCCUCAAGUGCCUGUACCACACCCACGGCCCGUCCUGCGCCCAGUGUGAACUUGGCUACUUUGGCGACGCCAUGGCUCAUGACUGCAGGCGCUGUACCUGCGUAACCGCCGGCACCGCGCCGUCAUCCUGCAGCGACGGACAGUGUCACUGUGACCAGCAGACCGGGGCCUGCCCCUGCAGGGAGAACAUCAUCGGCCACAACUGUGACCAGUGCGCUCCCAACCACUGGAACUACGGCCAGGACCGAGGCUGUGAGCCCUGCAGCUGCCACCCACAGCACGCCCUGGCGUCUCACUGCAACAUGUUCACAGGCCAGUGCCACUGUCAGCCAGGCUUUGGAGGCAAACAGUGCACUGAGUGUGAGCAGCUCCACUGGGGAGACCCACGAGUGCAGUGUCAAGAGUGUAACUGUCACCCGCUGGGCUCAGAAAUGGCCCAGUGCGACAGAGUCACGGGGGCGUGCGAGUGCCGGGAGGGAGCCACGGGCACGCGCUGCGAUGAAUGCGCGCGCGGCUUCACCGGCGUCUUCCCCGCGUGCGUCCAGUGCCACCCGUGCUUCCAGCUGUGGGACGACGUGGUGUGCCAGAUAAAAAGGGACCUGGACCACAUCCACAACGUCGUGGAGGAGAUCCUGGCGAGUGGCCUCAGCGGCGUGGAGGAAACGCGGAUCAAGGAGCUGGAGAGGAAGCUGAAGCAGGUGCAGGGUCUGCUCAGCACGGACGACAGCGACAGGAUCCACCAGCUGAUCGGACAGAGCAUGGACGACCUGAGGGCUGAGAUUGCCCUGACCGAUGGGCGACUGAUGGGCAUCGGCCAGGAGCUGAACACAACAGCAGAUGAAGACGAGGAGCUGGCAGACACGUUGUAUGACCUGGAGAGGGAGCUGAGGGACAUUAACUCCACUGUGGCUCAGAAAUAUCAUCUGCUGGAUGAUUACCUUACCUCUGGUUUUUCAGACCAAUUUGAGAAAGUGAAGAAGUACUAUCAGGAGUCAACGGAGGCUGAGGAGAAAUGCAACACCACGGUUUCAGGUCCUCUCAGCCCAGUGGGGCAAUCACAGGAAACCCGCAACCUCACGGAGACCCUGCUGGACGCAAGUAAAGACAACCUGACUCGUACGCUGACUGCUCAGAACAAGUCCUUGGAAGAGCUGCAGCAGAAGGCGCAUGAAUUGGACAAGAAGGUCCAUCACAUCAGUCAUAAGGUAUGCGGUGGUCAUGGCAAUGCCUCUGCUAAUGGCACUUGUCCAGACAGUCAAUGUGGUGGUGCAGGUUGCCGUGACGAUCAGGGUAAUCACGUGUGCGGAGGCAAAGGAUGCAACGGGACGCUGAGCACGUCUGCGGCCGCGCUGCGUCACGCCAGAAACGUCAGUGACAUCCUGAACGCCACCACCGAGGAAAUACAGAACGUCGCAAAACAGCUUCUGGAUAUAGCUGCUCUGACAAACAAUGUGAAGAACCAGGCGAUGAACACACUGAAAAAAGCCCAGGAGAAGAAGGAUGACUUUGAAAAAAACAACAAGGAGCUCAAAGACUUCAUCAAGAAGAUCAGAGACUUCCUCACUGAGGAGGGCGGAGAUCCAGAGAGCAUAGAGAAGGUGGCGCAGCAGGUCUUGGCCAUCAGCCUGCCUGUGAACAGGACCACGUUGGAUCAGAUGAUAGCGCAGAUAAAGGACAGCCUCACCAACCUCACAGAGGUGGAGGGAAUCGUCAACCAAACCUCGCAGUAUAUUGCCAAAGCCAAGGAGCUGCUCAACGAUGCUAAGGAUGCCAAGAGUCGAGCCGAGGAGGUGAAGAAUACGGCCAAUGACACCAACCACGCACUGGAUUUGUCUAAAGAGGCCAUAGACAAAGCAAGAACAGCCCUCAACGAGGCGCGCAGCAACCUGAACAGCACGCAGAAUGCCACUGCUGAGGUGGACGGCAGGCUGACACAGCUGGAGAGCAAGCAGAUGGAUGCCAUGAUGCGUUUGGGGAACCUCCACAAGGAGGUGGAAGCUCUGAGGAACAAGACGGAUCAGAACAGACAGAUGGCGCAGGAGGCCAAAGCGCAGGCCGACAACGCCACUCAGCUUGCGUCCUCGCUGGAGCAGAGCUUUAACGACACGGAGGAACUAUUUCGGGAGCUGCAGAUGAAGGUGGAAUCUCUUGGUGGAGAAGCUGGAGAUCUGAACACCAUCAACCAGAAGGCCAAGGAGAUCCAGAUGGAGGCGGAAUACCUCCUGGAGAAAGUGAAGAACGGGACAGAGGAACUUCAGAUGCUGGAGGAAAAGUUCAAGAAUAACGAGAAGCGGAUGCAGGAGCAGCGUCUGGAGCUGGAUGGGCUGAGGGAAAACGCCACAUUGGUGCAGAAAGAGAUAAGGGAUCAGGUGCAAAAGUACAGCAAUUGUCUCUGAAGAGGUCACCAGAGCGCUGCUGGCUGUGAGACGACCGAUGCUGUGACUAGAACUGAAAACCACAUCACCUAUGGAUUAAGACUGCCUGCAUGACUUUCUGUAUACAGAAACACCUCCUCUGUUCGUGGACUGCAGGAUAUUUUCUAUUUUGAAUAUCAAACCAUGUGGUGUCUUUAAGCUAUUACAAGUGGAUGUAUGUGGAGUCUAUUUUUUUUAAUUGUGUAGGCUUCAAUAAAUAAUGUCUGUAAUAUAAAUAAGAAGUACACAAGAAUAUGUUAUGAGACCUUUGUUACUUUUACCAAAAGUGUAUUAGGGGUUUUAUGUUUGUGCUGUAAUUUUUACUCUGUUAGUAUCUGGCAUUUACAACAUGUCACAUUCAUAUUUGCAAAAGGUAGAUUUUUUUUUAAUUAACCUUAUUUAAAAAGAAAUUCUCAAUUAAGUCUUCAGAAUUAGGGCAAACACAUGAAUUAUAACAGCAAAAUUGAUUCCUGAGGUGUAAAUAUGGAAAAAAAUAAAUUGGAUGCAUUUUUUCUAAACUCA